GUUGUUCAGUUCAGUUCAGUUGUUCCCAUCCCAGUCCCCGAGUCCAAGUAAGUCCCACCAUAUGAAAUGGAAAUGGCUAGCAACGAAGAGUUGGUGAAAGCUCUCAAGGAUCUACCCAUCAGAAUCCAAACUGCCAGCAAAACUCAACGGAGAGAUGUGAUUCAAAAUGUCAUUAAUGUUCUACCUAAACCAGAUAUUACUGAGCAGAUUGUUCGUGGAUUGUGCAAGGUCAUUCAUUUGACUCUCCUGAGGUAUAGGGACAGUGGUUCAAAGGCUCUUGUGCGUCGGUUACUCACAACAUUAGUGAUAAACCAACCCGAUUGGACCAUCAAACAUAUUAUUCCUGUUCUCUCAGACAUCGGUCAAAGCUACUCAAAUCUUGUUGCCACCAAAAACACCGCGGAAACAUGUCUAAUUGCUCUCCAGUGGUCCAUGUUGGUGGUAGACCAUGGGCUCAAGAAGUGUUCCGACAGUGGAAAAGCGGAGUUUCAGAAACUUGUAGAGGCUCAGUCUGUGAUUCUGUCUGCUGUACUGGCUGCAAAUGCCACAAAGAAAACAGAGAAAGCCUUUCAUAUAUUGAACGGCCAGUGGAAACAACACAGAGAUCUAUACACCAACGCUACAUCAGCUUUGCCUCAGGCCGUGUAUUCUGUGGUGUUUGGGUCAUUCUUCAUACGUCACCUGGCCGAGAACAAGAGCGUAGAUGUCAUCGACAAACUUAAGACCAAUUUACUGGACAUCUUUAUCAAAGUGGCCGUGAGUUGUAAAGCUAAGCCUCCAUUAUACAUCAUCAGAGAAGCCAAACCGUUGCUAACAAGAGUGACUCAUGAAGAGUUCCGCUGCCUGCUGCUACCUGCUAUUCAGAAGGCAAUGUUGCGAAACCCGGAGAUUAUCUUGCCUUGUCUGGGACACAUUCUGUCUGGACUGUCGCUGGAUUUGAGCCAGUAUGCUUUGGACAUCACGAAGAGUAUUACAACCAACCUCUACUCCAAGGAUGACUCUGCCAGAGAAGAGGCGUGUACAGCUUGUCGCAGUUUAGCCUCUCAGUGCAGUGAUGCCUCAGCCCUGGAGGUCUGCCUCAAUCAUCUGUUCCAAGUGUUCCAUGGCUCUGAAGGCAAACUCACAGUUGCCACUCAUAAGAUGAGCGUUUUACAGGGUGCUGGUAACCUGAGCUACAAUGCUGUCACAGGCAGUAGUAUUCAGAUGUUGAGUCUAUCAACGGCAGAACAUUUCAUCAAAGUACUGGAGAUUGAAGCUCAUGAGAAGACCCUGGUUCAGGCCCUGGAUAUGUGGUCUCUUUGGUGCGCUAAAUUCUCCAACCAAGUCCCACCCAAAGUCAUCGCAUGGUUACAGAAAGGUAUUGGCUUGAAGACUUCUACUGCUGUAGUAAGGACAGCCUACAUAGAAUGCAUGUCUGCUUGUUUCAAUGGCUCAACACUACAACAAGGACUGGAACUUGUACCUCUGCUAUUAAAGAGUGUUGAGAAAGCAGUUCAGCAGCCUACACAGAUCCUUGGAGUCACUGAGGGGCUUGGCGCAGCCUGUCUGUUGUUGAAGUUGUCCACAGUGGAGUCUGGUGCUUCUAAACUCUCUCAGUUGUGGAACACGCUACUGGACAUGGAGAAGCAAACCUUCGUGUCUGAAAAGUUCCUCACUCAAGCAUCAGAAGACGCCCUGUGGCACGUGAUGCAGUUGUGUGAGAGGCUACUGGUAGAACACUUUGACAAGCUGAGUGGCCCCGCAGCACCUCUACAUCGUGCCAUCAUCCUCUGCUCUGCUGUGUCUAGUGUGGCCCUGCGCCGCAAGUGUAGGCCCCUUUUGCGUCGGCUUGUGUCCUCUCUUGGUGGCACUCACUUGGCAAGACACCUGCUGCAAGAGUUUGAUAGAUAUCUGCAGACUGCUAAGAUAAUGUCAGCUGAUGCAGAGAGGGAGACUAAAGAAGGGGUGACAGCAGGUGCAGCUGGUGAGGCUACCCCUUCUACCAGUGAAGUGUCACCUAAAGUCUUGGUAGACAUUGUCAUAACUCUUUGCUCUGGAUCUAACCUCACUGUUGAUGACAAGAAGAAGAUAGCCAUUGAUGCUAUUUUACCUUGUCACCAUCCUGCGAUUGUGAGUGCUGCACCUGACAUUUGGUUGAAAAUUGUGAAAUAUUUUAAAUUGGAUAUCUACAAUUAUAUCGAAGACUUCAGUGACCAGUUCAUCAAAAUGGUUGUUGACAACUUCAAAGUUAACCCUAGCUAUGAGGGAGCUCUAAAAACCUUGGUCUGCUCCAACCCUGAUAUAAUGCUGCCUCCCGUGAUCUCUCGCACACGCUCUGCUCUCUCAAAUCCUAGUCUGCUCAAGAUAUCUCAGGAAGAGUACUUCAUCUACCUCACUCCAUCUGGCAGUCUAUACGACAAGAGUGUCAUUUCUGGGAAGGAGAGUGAGUCAGUGCUCAACGCCAAGAACAUGAAGCGAGAGAGCAAAGUGUACUCAUUCAAAGAGCAGCAGGAGGAACUGCAGCUGCGAAGGGAGUUGGAGGAGAAGAAGCGAAGAGAGGGGAAGGGGAAGGAGCCUGAGCUGACACCUAAACAGAAGGAGGCAGUAAAACUGCAGUUGGAAAAAGAGGCUGUUGUCAGAGAUGCUCUCACUCUGUUGCAUGAAGAGGUGAGCAAGGUGGUGUCCAUGGUGACUGCUGCCUCACACUCCCCUAGUCUACUGUUCAGCUACAACACACUGGUACCUUGUGUACUGAGAGCCUUACAGUCUCCUCUGUCAGCCCCUGCCAUGGCAUACCUUCUACUGUUCAGCUACAACACACUGUUGCAUGAAGAGGUGAGUAAGGUGGUGUCCUUGGUGACUGCUGCCUCACACUCCCCUAGUCUACUGUUCAGCUACAACACACUAGUACCUUGUGUACUGAGAGCCUUACAGUCUCCUCUGUCAGCCCCUGCCAUGUUGCAUGAAGAGGUGAGCAAGGUGGUGUCCAUGGUGACUGCUGCCUCACACUCCCCUAGUCUACUGUUCAGCUACAACACACUAGUACCUUGUGUACUGAGAGCCUUACAGUCUCCUCUGUCAGCCCCUGCCAUGUUGCAUGAAGAGGUGAGUAAGGUGGUGUCCAUGGUGACUGCUGCCUCACACUCCCCUAGUCUACUGUUCAGCUACAACACACUAGUACCUUGUGUACUGAGAGCCUUACAGUCUCCUCUGUCAGCCCCUGCCAUGUUGCAUGAAGAGGUGAGCAAGGUGGUGUCCAUGGUGACUGCUGCCUCACACUCCCCUAGUCUACUGUUCAGCUACAACACACUAGUACCUUGUGUACUGAGAGCCUUACAGUCUCCUCUGUCAGCCCCUGCCAUGUUGCAUGAAGAGGUGAGCAAGGUGGUGUCCAUGGUGACUGCUGCCUCACACUCCCCUAGUCUACUGUUCAGCUACAACACACUAGUACCUUGUGUACUGAGAGCCUUACAGUCUCCUCUGUCAGCCCCUGCCAUGUUGCAUGAAGAGGUGAGCAAGGUGGUGUCCAUGGUGACUGCUGCCUCACACUCCCCUAGUCUACUGUUCAGCUACAACACACUAGUACCUUGUGUACUGAGAGCCUUACAGUCUCCUCUGUCAGCCCCUGCCAUGUUGCAUGAAGAGGUGAGCAAGGUGGUGUCCAUGGUGACUGCUGCCUCACACUCCCCUAGUCUACUGUUCAGCUACAACACACUGUUGCAUGAAGAGGUGAGCAAGGUGGUGUCCAUGGUGACUGCUGCCUCACACUCCCCUAGUCUACUGUUCAGCUACAACACACUAUUACCUUGUGUACUGAGAGCCUUACAGUCUCCUCUGUCAGCCCCUGCCAUGUUGCAUGAAGAGGUGAGCAAGGUGGUGUCCAUGGUGACUGCUGCCUCACACUCCCCUAGUCUACUGUUCAGCUACAACACACUGGUACCUUGUGUACUGAGAGCCUUACAGUCUCCUCUGUCAGCCCCUGCCAUGGCAUCUCUUUAUGUCACCUUGAGGUUCACAGCGUUCACACCCAGUAAAGUUCCAUCACUUCUACCAGACCUGAUUGCCAAUGUAACUCUGAGGUUACAGAAGCCCAAGUGUGACCUAGACUCAGCCUGGCAACAAGAAGACUUGGAGAAGGCAACCCGACGCACCGUGGCGCUGCUACACCGUGUUACUACCCCACAAAACCGCAGUUUGGGUGGGGGCGGGGUGGUGGGGGGUCGGCCAUUGGCCGGCCCCGCCUUCUGCUACUGCUUCCCUCUCAUCCGAUCGGCGCUGAUGCAUGUGAUGAACCGAGAUGAGGACCCAUUGCUCACCUCGGGUCUACAGAUCAUCUCCUGUCAUGCACAGAUACGCAGCCACAGUGGUCAUCAGGAUGAUCUGGACCUGUUCCACCCAUGGCUACUGCCCAGAAAACAGAUGUUUGACCUGCUCAUUGACCUUAUCAACCACACCAGUGGGCGUGUACAGCAGCAAGCAGUGGCUACACUGCUAGACGUGGCAGCAUCAGGCUCUGGUGCACAAGGCUGUGCUAGUGCUAGUGUGGACGAAAUUGAUGUGUUAUUAGGAGCCCUGCAGAACCCUUCCCAGGUGGUCAGGGAUACAGGACUGAGGGGAUUGACUGUGAUAGUUCCUGCACUGCCGAAGCAGUCAGACAACGAGGACCUUGUACUUAGAUUAAUCAGAAGAGUCUGGGUCGCAAGAUUUGAUGUUGCAGAGGAAAACAGAGAGUUGGCCAACAAGUUGUGGGAGGCGGCCGGUCUCAGGCUGGAUACUACGACACUGUGCGAGUCUCUGCUUGGAGAUGUGAUACAUCCCAUACCUGUGAUACAGCAGGCUGGGGCUGAGGCGUUGGCAGCACUGCUACGAAAAUCCAAUUCCUCUCUGGUGGACCUCACACUCAAGAAACUGCUCAACAUCUACCACGACAAGCUGGCGUUAGUGCCAGCCAAGUUGGACAGCCUGGGGCGUGUGAUUGAGCAACCUAUAGAUACAUGGGAGCCACGUAGUGGAGUAGCAUUGGCUCUUACACAGUUGGCACCUCUGCUGACUCCUCCACUGGUGUCUGAGUUGGCUACGUUCUUUGUAUGCACGGGUCUGGGAGACAAGAGUGGGGAAGUGAGGAAGAACAUGCUCACUGCAGCCUUGGCCACUGUGGACCUCCACGGCAAGGACACUGUGAACAGCCUUCUCCCUGUGUUUGAGGACUUUCUGGACCGAGCUCCUGACUCUGGCAGUUACGACGCUGUGAGACAGUCUGUUGUGAUUCUCAUGGGCUCACUGGCCCGGCAUCUUGACAAAGAUGACAAGAAGAUCAAACCGAUCGUUGGAAAACUAAUAGAUGCUUUGUCCACCCCAUCUCAGCAGGUACAAGAAGCAGUAGCCAAUUGUUUGCCCCCACUGGUCCCCGCUAUGAAGGAGGAUGCCCCCGCCUUGGUACAGAAGCUGCUGAACCAGCUGCUGGACUCAGAAAACUAUGGGGAACGCAAGGGAGCUGCCUACGGACUGGCAGGACUUGUCAAGGGUAUGGGUAUUCUAGUCCUGAAACAACUGGAUAUAAUGAGUACGCUGACAAAUGCAAUUCAAGACAAAAAGAACUACAGGCAUCGUGAAGGAGCGCUGUUUGCCUUUGAGAUGCUAUGCCACAUGUUGGGGCGUCUGUUUGAGCCAUACAUUGUCCAUGUGUUGCCUCAUCUGCUGUUGUGCUUUGGUGAUGGCAGUCAGUACGUCCGUGAUGCCACUGAAGACUGUGCCAAGGUUGUGAUGGGCAAACUGUCAGCCCAUGGAGUGAAGCUCGUACUUCCAUCUCUACUUGCUGCUCUGGAGGAGGACUCUUGGAGGACAAAAACUGGGUCUGUAGAACUGCUAGGAGCCAUGGCGUUCUGUGCUCCCAAGCAGCUGUCCUCAUGUCUGCCCAGCAUUGUACCCAAGCUGAUAGAAGUGCUGAGUGACUCCCACAUUAAGGUACAGAAGGCCGGGGCUCAGGCUCUCAAACUCAUCGGUUCAGUCAUCAGGAAUCCGGAGAUUCAAGCCAUUGUCCCGGUGCUACUAGAAGCGCUACAAGAUCCUAGCCACAAGACCGCCACCUGUCUGCAGACACUACUUGACACCAAGUUUGUACACUUCAUAGACGCCCCCUCCCUUGCUCUCAUCAUGCCUGUUGUACAGCGGGCGUUCAUGGAUCGCAGCACAGAGACCAGGAAGAUGGCCGCUCAGAUCAUCGGCAACAUGUACUCCCUGACUGAUCAGAAGGACCUUACGCCCUACCUUCCUACCAUCAUACCUGGGCUCAAGUCUUCUUUGCUGGAUCCUGUACCCGAGGUUCGUAGUGUGUCUGCCAGAGCUCUAGGAGCCAUGGUGCGAGGGAUGGGAGAGUCCAGCUUUGAGGAUCUGCUGCCCUGGUUGAUGCAGACACUCACGUCAGAGUCCAGCUCUGUAGACAGGUCUGGAGCUGCACAAGGCAUCAGUGAGGUGGUGGGAGGUCUGGGAGUUGAAAAACUACGUAAACUCAUGCCUGACAUCAUCAGCACCGCUGAGAGAACUGACAUCGCACCACAUGUGAAGGACGGCUAUAUCAUGAUGUUCAUCUACAUGCCAGUUGUGUUCACCAAUGAGUUCACACCGUACAUUGGACAGAUAAUCACACCUAUUCUUAAGGCUCUGGCUGAUGAGAAUGAGUAUGUGAGAGACACUGCUCUGAAAGCAGGUCAACGGAUUGUCAAUCUGUACGCAGACUCUGCCAUCAUGCUUCUGUUGCCUGAGCUGGAGAAGGGGCUGUUUGAUGACAACUGGAGGAUACGAUAUAGUUCAGUACAGUUAUUGGGAGAUCUGUUGUAUCGCAUCUCCGGAGUGUCUGGCAAGAUGAGUACAGAGACAGCCAAUGAAGAUGACAACUUUGGAACUGAACAAUCCCACAAGGCCAUCAUAGAGGCACUGGGAGCAGAGAGACGUAACCGUGUUUUGGCCGGCUUGUACAUGGGCCGCAGUGACGUCAGUCUGAUGGUGAGACAAGCUGCACUCCAUGUCUGGAAGGUGGUAGUCACUAACACACCUAGAACAUUGAGAGAGAUCCUACCUACACUGUUUGGACUGUUGUUGGGGUGUCUAGCAUCCACCAGCUAUGACAAGCGGCAGGUGGCGGCCAGGACCCUGGGUGACCUUGUACGUAAGUUGGGAGAAAGAGUGUUGCCAGAAAUCAUCCCUAUACUAGAGCGUGGUCUGGAGUCUGACCAGCCAGACCAGAGACAAGGAGUGUGUAUAGGGCUGUCAGAGAUCAUGGCCUCCACUAGCAGAGACAUGGUGUUGACCUUUGUACACAGUCUGGUACCAACUGUGAGGAGAGCUUUGUGUGAUCCACUGCCCGAGGUGAGGCAAGCUGCAGCCAAGACAUUUGAUAGUCUCCACUCCACUGUCGGUAACCGAGCCCUCGAUGACAUACUACCCUCCAUGCUCAACCAACUGGCCAACCCAGACCCAGCUGUGGCUGAGUGUGUUCUGGAUGGACUGAGACAGGUGAUGGCUAUCAAGUCUCGUGUAGUGUUGCCGUACCUUGUGCCUCAGUUGACUGCACCUCCUGUCAACACCAAGGCUUUGUCUAUCUUGGCGGCUGUGGCUGGCGAGGCUCUCACCAAGUACCUACAUAAGAUACUCCCUGCCCUGCUCUCUACGCUGGCCGCCAACCCCUCUAGCACUCAGGAGUUGGAGUACUGCCAAGCAGUAGUGCUGUCAGUGACUGAGGACGCAGGUGUACGUGCUAUCAUGGACCAGCUGAUGGAGGUGGCGCGCAGUGAUGACGUUGGGCUGCGCAGGGCUGCGUGCACACUGCUGUGUGCCUUCUGUAGCCACACCAAAGCUGACUACAGCCAGUACGUGCCUCAGCUACUGAGGGGACUGAUACACUUGCUGAUAGACUCAGACCCUCAGGUCCUGCAGAUUAGCUGGGAGGCUCUCAACGCUGUUACUAAGACAUUGGACGCAGAGCAGCAGAUAGCCCAUGUGAACGAUGUGAGACAAGCUGUUCGGUUUGCCGUCAGUGACCUCAAGGGCAGUGAUGUUCUUCCGGGCUUUUGUCUGCCAAAGGGAAUCACACCCAUCCUACCACUUUUCCGAGAGGCUAUUCUGAAUGGAGCGCCGGAGGUGAAGGAGCAAGCUGCCCAAGGUCUAGGGGAGGUGAUCAGGCUGACCUCAGCUGAGGCUCUACAACCCUCCGUGGUUCACAUCACUGGGCCUCUCAUCCGUAUACUGGGAGAUAGGUUCAAUUGGAGUGUAAAAGCGGCAGUUCUUGAAACACUGGCUCUACUUUUGGCUAAGGUUGGAGUGAUGCUGAAGCAGUUUCUGCCCCAACUGCAGACAACCUUCCUCAAAGCACUGAACGACGCCAACAGACAAGUGAGACUCAAGGCUGCGGCUGCGCUUGGUCAUCUGAUAGUGAUCCACACCCGCGCUGACCCUCUGUUCAGUGAACUACAUACUGGAGUCAAGUCUGCCGAGGACCCUGCAAUCAGAGAGACAAUGCUGCAAGCGUUGCGGGGAGUGAUCACGCCUGCUGGUGACAAGAUGACCCCCACUCUACGCAAACAGGUGUACCAGACGUUGGUGGGUAUGUUAGCACACCCAGAGGACAUAACCAGGUCAGCUGCGGCCGGGUGUCUGGGUGCUCUCACCCGGUGGCUGACACCCGAGCAGCUGCACACUACAUUGUACGACCAUCUACUGCAGGAGGAUGUGUCAGCUGACUGGACCCUGAGACACGGCCGCAGUGCUGCCCUCAUGGUGGCUCUUAAGGAGGCCCCGGACACUGUGUAUACAGAAGAGAACAGUGACAAGAUCAACACUGUACUGGUGGGCUACCUCACCGCUGACAGAGUUCCUAUUGUAAUGAAUGGAGUCAGAGGACUAGGCUACCUGUUUCAACACAUGAUGAAAAACAACAUUAAAAUACCACAAACACUCCUCUCUCCCUAUUGCCGGACAAUGAACCACACCAAUAAUGAGGUAAAGCAGUUGGUGGCGCGAGUGUGUACUCACCUGGCUCGAACACUGGGUGCCGACUUGGCACCGGAGUUCCUCAAGGCGGCACUACCAAUGUUGGUGAACGGCACCAAGGAGAAAAAUGGCUAUGUGAAGGCCAACAGUGAACUAUCUCUAGUGGCUGUACUGAGACUACGACAUGGAGACACACAGAUGCAGCAAUGCCUGAACCUGUUGGAUGGUGGAGCCAGAGAUGCGUUGAACGAUGUAAUCACCAAAACUGUGCGGAAGGUCGCGUCACAGCCAGAGCCAAAGGAAGGAGAGCUUGACGAUACACUAGUUACUUGAAUGAAUCACCUUCUCUCCGUAUAGGGCCGAUUUGUCUGUCAAAACAAUUUUAUAGUGCUCUGCUGUUACCUUCUCAGCUUCCUGCAUGCACAUACUGAGCAUACUGAGUUAUGUUUUUUUAUUAAUUACAGAAGAAAACUUCGGGUAAACACUUAAAAAUAGCAUGGAAAUGUGCGGGUCUAUAAAAUUUUUUUACAACAAUGCCUUUCUGAGUGAAAUUGUUCUUAACUUAAAUUAAAAACACAAAAGACAACAAUGAGCAUAAAAUAGAACAAAGUUCUCCUAACAUAAUAUAUCACAUAGCCCAAAAAAAUGUAUCAAUCUAGAAUAAUCGGCCUUAUUUACUAAUGGGAAUGACUGAACCUAAUAAUUGUCAUCUAGUAAAUACAAAUAUUAUUUGUUAUUAAACUUGUUUAUAAGAUGCAACGUAUAAUUAACUUCUCCGAGUAAUUUGGAAUGUACUUUGUUAUUUUAAGUAUUGUUUGCGUUUUUAAGAAUAAAUUAUAUGGUAAAGCA